AUGCUCAGUGCACAGGUUGGCGUAUACGAUCCAUUUUGUGAUGACGCAAGAUUAGCCGUGCAAAAGAUUCAUUUCGACCCGAACACUGGGCGCUUAGUAGUGGGUGGACGAGCGGGUCAUGCGCUAGUCUAUGAUUUGGAGGAUGAACCGAAG